GGUCCGUUCAGUUCAUUUUUCUGUUCCAAAAUGCGACUAUGAGGAGGUGAUUGCKGACUCUCGAACACAUCAUAUUAUUUUUAUUUGAAAAGUGACAAAAUAUGUUCUUGUUGUCGAUUAUUAUUAUUAUUUUCACGUCGUACAAGACGUCUAUUGUCGCCGUACAGUUAAUUUGUAGUGCAUAGAGUUUGCCUUUACAUAUACCGCGGUUACCCACGCUGCAAUAUCUAGGUAUAUUCAAUCGCCUGCAAUAUCGUAUUUUUGGUUUGCAAGGAGUCAACACGAGGGUCCUGUCAUCGAAACAAUAACCGAACAAUCGCCGCCACUAUAUGACGUCAACAUCCUCAUUCAAACAGGUCACCGGAGUCUGGGGACAUGGAUGUACCGGAAACGCGAACCGCGAUUCUCGAAUCGUCAAGCAACUCGAGUUCUACUUCAGCGACACCAAUUUGCCGUACGACAAGUUCCUGGAGGCUUGGAUCGGGCUUGACGACGGCUGGGUGCCGAUCAGCGUGCUCUUGACAUUAAAAAUGCUGAAGUCCAUCACCAGGGACCCGGCAGCGAUCGCUUCCGCCGUCAGGCACGCUGCCGUCGAYAGCAUCGUGGAAGUAGACGACACGGACGUAAAGAUCAGACGCAAACCGGAAAUCGUCGCGCCCGAGCCCGAUAGUGGUCUGUYCAAGGAGAUCGUACAACGGUCGAUCUAUUGCAGCGGUUUCCCGAGGACGGUCACAGUCGACGAACUUUUGGCGUUCGCCGAGACUUUCGGCGACAACGUCAUCACGAAAACCACAAUUAUGCGGUUAAAGUCCAAAGAGUUUAUUKGUUCGUUGUACUUUACGUUCAGCUCCAAAGACGAGGCGGAUAAGUUUUUGGCGAAAAAGUCUGUAAAGUUCAACGGUGUUGAAAUAGAGCGUAUGUGUGAUUUGUUAGGAAAUUUCAAAACUCAGUUUUACAGUCCAUUUAAUUACUAGUAAAAUGUCUUAUGUCCCGGYGUACACACCGAACACAUAGGUACCUAUUAUACCCAUUAGAAAGGUUUAUAUUUAGUCUGUUUAGAUGCUUUAAUUUUAUUUAUUUUUUAAUUAAUUUGCUUUGUCUACUAGAGAAACGGACGCAGACAGUCUGUUAUUUUACUUUUAUUAUUUUUCAUCUGCAU